CAAUCCACGACACGCGCACAAUGCCGUGCGCGCCAACAUAGCAGCCUUUUUUUUGACGCGUAGCCGCCCGCCAACAGCUUUCUUCACCGCAUCUUCGGCGCGCGCUGCCCGACUGCGACUCGACACCCCGGCCACCACCACCACCAUCUCCAUUACCACUCGUCACAACACUACGGCCAACCGCCCGCCCGCUCGCCCACCACCAUGGCCAACAACACCACGCAGCCCUGGCUCGAGGACCUCUCCGAAGAAUGGGUGCCCCAAGAGUCGCUGCGCUCAGUUGCGCCCACCCCACAGAGCCCACGCAGCCCGCCACUACCACCAAAUCCACAGAGCGCACCAAAAUCAAAGAGCCGCCUGCCCCGUCUGCGACAGUCGCCAGCCCCCUUUUCGGACGUGCAGGUGCGCAGCAUUGCCAAAGAACUGCGUCCGCCCAAGCAAAGGAGCAUGCUCGAUGGCCGCAGUCCGAGCAACACCAAUGCCCCGCCCGCCCCGUCAUCGCCCGACGCGCACGCGGGCGACGCCUCAUUUUCCUCUUUUUCAAUGUCUCAGAACUCGGAAAUGCAAAACGGCACAGUCGCACACAACACCAUCGCGCGAUCACCAGUCAAGGAACAGUCAUCCCAAGAUACACCGGAGUGGAGGCGGAGACUUGUCAAUGGUGAGGUCGGCUACGGAAACCAGACCGACCUCUUCGGCCCCACUGGCCUGGAAAACAUCUUUCAAAAGCCAACCCCUGGCGCUUCUGACGACUCGGUACUCCCAAAAAGGCGGCUUGGAUUGCUCAAGGGUCUUGCUGCCGUACCCUCGAGUCCACCACCAUGGCCGGCUGUGCAACAGAGCGAUGGACUGCAGGAACAAGUACAAAAACAGGGACAAAAACAAGUGCGGGAAGCAGAAAAGGAUCGCCAGACGCCUGCAACUCACGCAGACGAAUGUGCACGCGAUGACACAACCCAAGAGCACGAUGCAUCGAGUUGCACCCAAGGAUUGGCGCCGCCGCACGAGACCAUGCGGACUGUAAGCGGACAGAUUGAAUUCGAGAACGAGAACUUCAGCCCUGUAUAUCUGACCAUGACCGCCAACAUGAAUAUCGGCUUGCCCGUUCAACAACCACAGAGCUUUAGGGGAUCCGAGCUUGCCAACCGGUUGCGUCAGAUCGGAUCGCCCCCCUCAAACCACUACCAAACCCUUCAGGAGGAGAGUGCACUGAGCCUAACACGCGGAGAUUCAUCUUUUGCUAGGCUCCAGGACGAGUCUCUGCCAGAGGGCCUUCCCGUUGGCACACCAGACAUGGCAGACGUUGGCCGCCACGUAGAGCUUCGAAGAGGUGGGUACUCGAGAGAGGGAUCUUUCCACCGAAGACCACUGAGUCCAUCACCAGAAAGAAAAGCCGCAGCCAAACUGAACACAGACCUAAAGCAAACGCCCCAAAGCGGACUUGUCGACCCUUCCACGCCUCACCAACGACUUGAAAAUUUCCUGAGUCCUGAUCGAGCCAAGAACUCUGGGAGCCCCCUGAAGUUAUUCGAUGCACAUGACACUUUUACUAGCAAUCGCAUCCAAAGACGCCUCAGUCAGCUCGAGUACAAACCUGAAAAAGGCACAUCCAGUGUCAAGGAGAACCCAUCCGAUUCUGCCAAGCUGGUGCCAAGGCAAUCAAGAUUGACAUCUGUCGAAGAAAAAUCUAUGCAGAACAUUAACCAGGAUUUGACUUCGAACAAUCGCCAACCAUCAAACAAAAGAAUCACAUCUUUUGGCCAAAGUCAGCUCAAUAGGUAUCAGUUUUCUGGUGACUUCUCUGUUAUCUCAUCAGAUGGAGAUGAUUGGAGUGCUCACGAUGAUAGCGCACCCGAAGAAUCUCCCUCAAUCGACAUUGCACCCCCUGGAAGCCGGCCGCCAUUCAAGUUUCAUCUGGAUGAAUCGCCCGUCCCACGUCAACCCUCGAGGAGUAAAAGAAACGUAUCGAAUUAUUCCCCAACUUCCAUGCAGAAUGCCAACCGGCCGAAAUUCGUGCCACAUCGAAAAGCCUCGACGGCGAAGGCCGAAGAGGACUCGGAAAUCGCCCAUGAAUAUGCUGAAGGCAAAAGAGGCCCAACAUCGCCAUUCAAGAACCCCACUCCUAAACGUAGAAGGACUAUCUGUUCGGUUGAUGACGAAGAAAACAACGACGAUGUUUUUAGCGAUGGAGAAGGAAGCACAGUGCGACGUCCGAAGGCAUCAGCUCAGCCUACUCUCGACCAGAACCAGAGAGAUCUCCUUAGCGUGUUCUCAAACAAGAACGCCAACUCGGAAACGCUAGCCAAGAGACAUAUCUUAAGGCCCCGCAACCCUACCCCGAGUCAGCGGAGACGAGAGGAGAUUCAGGCAGAAAUCAUGGAAGCUACGGAAGCCUUCAUCAUGUCCUCACCAAAGCUCAACACCAUCCGCGAACAGCUGGAGCCUUCCAAUGUGUCCGACGCUGAUUUGGACAAUGCUCGUGCAAAGGCGGUCGCCAAUGAGAUUGCUGCUUUUAGUAUGAAGAGACAACAUGGCGUGCGAGACAAGAACCGCAAGCGAUCCGUCACUACACAAGACUUCCUGGACGAGGCCCUAAAGAUCAUGGACUUUAUCCGCACAAAGGGACGACCUACCAGCGGUUUGGGGAGCCUCGAGGAGACGGAAGCUGAAUCCCAGUUGGUUGAGGAUGACAACGAAGAUGCUUCGAGUUUGCCGACAGUUAAAAGGCCUGCGAGCAGAGAGGACCAGUCACCUGCCUGGAAGGAACCGAACAAACAUGACAUGGAUCCGAGCAUUCUCAAUCAUUUGCGCAGGUAUCAAGAGAAGGAUGACGAUAGCUUUCUGAAUUCAUCGGUGAACUCAAUAGGCUUUUCUCGUCUGGACGGGCUAGCCGCGCCUGUAGAAGAAAGCACAAUGGGCGAGCAGGACAAGGUUAGGAUGACAGAGAAUGCAAACAGACACUACGACAGGGGCGAUGACGAUCACCAUCCCAGCUCCCGACCUCAGACUGCACGCACUCAGUUAUCAACAGGCUCAUCGAUUGGACACACUGUCCUCACAAAUGCAUCUAGGCGUUCGGAGCACGUCGCUAAUCUAGCACCCGAGGCGAUAGCGCAUCUUAUUCCCCAGGAGGUAGCUGGCAUGAGUUUUGACCGCGACAAAAACAUGUGGAUUCGCCAGAAGAGUCCAACUAGGGAGCGUCGUGUUGAGCAGGCAACACCAAGCCCCUUGAAUGAGAGCGAAGACGAUCCAUUCGGCAACAUCCCAGAUCUGACGGUGGAGGACACACAUGCGCAGAACGCUAGAGCCGACUCACCGAUUCGUCUACAGCCUACAGCGGAAACCCUUGUGGAGGAUACGGAGAAGCCCACAGAAGAAGAAGAAGAAGCACGCCCGACGACGCGCGAAGGAAACGGCGUUGCAUAUACGGAAACGAGCUCAGCGCCUUCGAAGGGUUCCAACUUUGGAUCAAGCUAUCCUAAAACUGAGACACGGGCAACGUCUUGGAGUACACAAACCGCACGACACCACGGCACCCAGAAGAGCUCCCGCACGCAAACUACUUAUGCGAUUCCAGAGUCUGAAGAAGACGAUAUCGAACAUGAGAUCAAGUAUUUCGAGGGGCGAGAUCCCGUACGCCAGGGUGCACAACGCCCACGAGUAAGGGACAUCACCAUCUCGAUUGCCGAACGGGAGGCGCCUAGUCCAGAGCGUCGAUCAGAAGAGACACCGCAAAAACCCCGGCAAAACCAGUGGGGACCAUCAAGUGCCCAGAAAAGGUCGGAAAGAAAACAGUCAGCCUGGGAGCAGUCCAAUCAAAACAAGGCUCUGUCCCAUGGGAGACCUGGUCGAUUACCAAUGUUCAACGGUGACGGUGAUCUCUCACUAUUGGACGAUGGCCGAGCUAGAAACUAUCGCAUGCACUUAUCGAUGAACAUGGCAGGGCCUCCAUUCAGAGACCACGGACGGGAUGCAUUGGUUGCCGCAGGGUCAUCACCUAUCAAGGGGGAUGUGACAUUUAUGCUCAGCGAUUUACCUGAGUUCACUCUGAAUCAAGUUGAUGAAUUUGACCUCCCAGACCGGGUGGUCGUGAAGCAUGACGGUAGCCGGUUCACCAAAGCUUUGGAAGAUCGGUAUGCACAAGGAACAGCCGAACUUGUACAGGCCCUUCAAGACGUUGAGCCAGAUGAACCGUACUGGGAGGACCUUCGCAAUGUCAAUCUCCGGAAGAAGGACCUUACCAACUUGCAUCGCCUUGACGAACUGUGCUACCAGCUUGAGGAGCUCGAUGUCUCAAACAACAAGAUCAGUCAAGUGGAGGGCAUACCUUACUCUAUGCGACGGUUGCAAGUACAGAACAACUGCUUGACUGGACUGACCUCCUGGACCAAUCUCGUCAAUUUGCAACAUCUCGACAUGUCCGACAAUGAAGUCGAUGCGCUAGACGGACUUGCUGGGUUGGUGCAUCUGCGAACACUCAAAGUUGACAACAACAAGAUCAAGUCUCUCAAUGGCAUUAUUCAUCUCGACGGCCUAAUGGAACUGAGUGCUGGCGGUAAUGAGAUAGACACGAUUGACUUCGCCAAGACAAAUUUGAAAUCUCUUACAGACCUUGAUCUGCGCAAGAAUCGAAUGCUCGAAGUCCGCAAUCUGCAUUGUCUACCACAGCUUCAGCAUCUCAACCUAGAUGACAAUGAGAUUGAAGAGUUUCCUCUUGUCGACACACCAGUGAAGCCAUGCAAAGCACUUCGCUCAAUCCGUCUUUGCAGAAACAGAACUACGCUUCUCGAUGUUGACCACUAUUUCCCAAGGCUUGAGUCGCUAUACAUUGACGGCAACUCUUUAACACAGGUCUUGGGAUUGGAACACCUUCGAAACCUCCGGACUUUCUCAGCUCGUGAACAAAUACUCGACUCAGAAGCAGACAUGGAGAUAUGUGCCAAUAAUCUCGUCAAGAAUUCGGAAGUUCGCAAUCUCUAUCUCUCACUCAAUCCUACAUAUGGCUUGCAGAUCUCACAGCACUUGUUGAGCCUUCAACGAUUGGAACUGGCCUCUAUGGGCCUCAAACAACUACCCGACAACUUUGGUCAACUCACACCAAACAUCAGGUCCAUCAACCUAAACUUUAACUCCAUUACGGACCUACGUCCACUCCUCAACAUCAAACGGCUGAGUGAGCUUUUCUUGGCGAGCAACAAGCUCGAACGCCUUCGUGCAAAUGCGCUGGUGCUGGGCAAGCUAAGCACACUUUCGAAACUAGACUGGCGAGACAACCCUCUUACUCUGCGCUUCUAUGCGCCAUCAUCCGAAAAUCGGAUCAUGUCCCUUCGACGGAAACCCUCCGAGGAACAGCUCAAGAACCGCUUCCUUCUUCCGAAUGGAGAAGUAGAGGCUGAUGUUCAACAUCUUUUGCGACUCGAUUAUGAGACGCGGAUCAGGCGGCGCGUCACGGAGAUGAUGCUUGCUAAUCUCUGCAAAAACCUGAAAGAGCUGGACGGCCUACCAUUCGACAAGGCACGUGUGCUCGUCAAGGAUGACGUGUGGGAACGUCUGUUGUUUCUUGGCGUCAUACAGCGCAAACGCGCAGACACAGCUGUCGACGACAGCGAAUGAUAGACUGGCGACUUGGGAAUAAGGACAAAGGAAUGUUCCAGACGACCGGCGCGUCACAUUCCUAACAAUGCUUCUUCUUAGCUUGGAGUUUUGCGUGGGAUUGCUCUUCUUAUGCAUUGCAAGUCAGAUUAGGUUUCAGUGGGUUUUGCAUAGCAUCUGGUACUUAAGCAUCUUGUAGGCGUAGUAUUCAUUGGCGCCUUCUUAAACGCGAGCUUUAUCUGCUCGACUGGGAACAGGCCUUUUAAUGAGUUCACGAAUUGUAUUAGUAAUAAUCAGACUCGGUGUGUUGUUG